AUGUUUGAUGUUGUGCCUACUUCCUUCAAGAACUUGCCUUCGUCUCUAAAGCGUUAUCUCCCUAAGUCCAAUUGGAGCAGUACCCUCAAGUACUUUAAACUUUACAAUAAUCACUUUGGAGGGUCAAUUCCUGCGUCCACUGGAAACCUCACAAAAAUCACCUUUCUAGAUUUAUCCCUCAAUGAAUUCAAAGGUCAGCUUCCCUCAACUCUGUUCGGCCUUAAACAAGUUACUCAUUUAGGCUUAUCAUGCAACAGACUAGAAGGUCCCCUCCUAACUCAUGUAACAGGGCUUCAAAAUUUGGAUGAGUUAUUUCUAAAUGAUAACUUGUUAACCGGAGGAAUUCCAUCUUGGCCUUUUACUUUGCCAUCUUUAAAAUAUUUAGACCUUAGUAAUAACAGUCUCACUGGUCCAAUUGACAAGAUUCAAAAGCCUAAUUCAGUUCAAGAGGUUUAUUUGGCAUAUAAUCACAUGCAUGGUGAAAUACCAAGUUCGUUCUUCAAUCUUGCAAAUCUGAUCGAACUUGAUCUUUUAUCAAAUAAUUUUAGUGGUGUCAUCAAGUCAGAUAUGCUUUUAAAGUUGAAGAACCUUGAAACACUCGUUCUUUCGUCAAAUAAUUUUAGUGGUGCCAUCAAGUUAGAUGUGCUUUCAAAGCUGAAGAAUCUUACAAUGCUUGAGCUUUCAAAUAACAAGUUGCUAUCAUUCAGUAGUGACGAUGGUGUUAACUCCACUUUUCAAAAGCUCGAGACUUUAUACUUCUCUUCUUGCAAUGUACAACAAUUUUCGAAUAUCUUGAGAUCAGCUAAAAGCUUGCGUUAUCUUGAUCUUUCUAAUAAUGCAAUUAAGGGUUCAAUUUUCAAGUGGGAAUCAGAAGGUUGGGAACAAUUGUUCUAUUUAAAUCUUUCCCACAAUUUACUGAUGAGUUUAGAGCAAUUUCCAGGGGAGAAUCUUCAUAUCUUGGAUCUUCGUUCUAACCUACUCCAGGGUCCUCUUCUAGUUCCACUACCACCUUCAUUGGAAGAAUUCUGGAUUUCAAAUAACAAUUUGACAGGAGAAAUCCCUCAUUCUAUUUGUAAUUUGACUUUCCCUCAAAUUCUUGAUUUAUCUAGAAAUUACAUAGGUGGAAUAAUUCCGAAAUGUCUUGGAAGUUCGAGUUAUGGUCCCAGAAUCAUAAACCUACAAAAGAAUAACUUUAAAGGAAAAAUCCCUGAUUUUUGUGCUGAUUACAAUGGUUUGAUAAAUCUUGCCCUUAAUGACAACCAAUUGGAAGGGCCAUUGCCACGAUCCUUGAUCAAUUGUUUCAUGCAGCUUUUUCUUGACAUCUGGUAUCCGAGCUACUUGAGGCCUAUGUUCAAGCUUAUGAUGGCAAGCAAUUGGAAUGGAGUGAACCUUUCACAGCCGUUGGUUCCAAUUUUUCAAGGCAGCAACUAUGGAGUUUGGAGCACUAAGAUGAAGACUUUGUUUUUGUCCCAAGACCUAUUGGACUUGGUGGAAAAUAGAUAUGGUGAAGAGGAGGUUGCAGCUUAG